AUGUUGAUUGAAAAGAUUGAAAGGCAAAUGGAGGAUUUUCAAGGUUAAAAUCAUGAUAAUGUAAUUAUGUUAAUUGGAAAAACAGGAUGUGGAAAAAGCACAAUCUAUAAUUUUUUAUGUGGAGCCUAAUUUUAUAUCAAUGAAGACAAGUUUGGCAGAACAACUCUUGAACUUCUUUCAAAAUCAGAUGUAUUCCAAGAAAUAAGAGGAGGAUUAGAUUCAACCACUAAAACACCUAAGAUUUAUUAUAAUUAAGAGUAUUAGCAUUUCAUUAUUGACUACCCUGGUUUCAAUGACACAGAAAGCAAUGACUAAUUGGCUAUUCAAUUAUUUUUUAACAAAAUUGUUAACAAUAAAAAAUUAAAAUUGUCUAUAUUCUCUUAAAUCCAGGUGAUUAAUUUUAAAAUAAAGCUGAGGAUUUAUAAUAUUUUAUUAAUAAAGCUGAUAUAGAUCUAAGCCAAUUAACAGCAUGGAUAAAUCAAUGUUAGUUAUUAACUAUAAUAAUAAACUCUUAUAGUAAAAAAAGAACAGAUGAAAAAUUGA